AUGAUUUCUUAAGUUUAGGAUUUGUAUUAACUUAUUUACAACAAACUUGUAAAUAAGGAAACUAUUGAACCAUCCUUACUCACCAGGCUUCACACUUAGAUCUUCUUGUAGAAUAUUGAAAAAAAUUUGGAAUUAGAAGAGUUUUACUAUGAUAUACUAAGAAAACACAUACAGAGUCAUGAUUCAAUUUCUCCUGAAUAAUUGGAAAUACUAGUUGAUAUUGUGUAUUAUCUUGGUAUUUUCAUUAAUUAAUAGUCACUGUUUACUAAGGCAUUUCAAAUUAUUAAAGAAAAUUUAAUUGAUAAUCAACCAAUCAUUUAGAAUUCAUUAUAUUUAAAUAUCCUUUAAGCUUGUGGCUCUUAAAAUAUCUGUUUAAAAUAAGGACAUUAAUUUUUGAAUAUAGAUAUCAACAACAACUAUUUCAAAUCACGAUUUCUUACACCAUACCUUGAUUCAAUAACUUAAAGAAUACCAAAAGAUAAUAUUAUAUAAUUCAUUUAGAAUGAAUAAUAUUAAAUCAAAUUACUCCAUCCUGAAUCAGAGAAUUACAUCAUCUAUAAUUUGAAAUUUUUCAUUAUUUAAUAAUAGCUUAAAACUGUAGACUUUAAAACAAAUUCUUAAGAAUUGCUUGAUUUAUUUACUUUUCUUUAAAUUGAAGACAAAUACAAAUACAAACUCAAGUAAAAACUUUCUAAUCUAGAAGAUAAAGAUAAUUCUAUCAAUUCCUUCUAUUAACUAGCAAUUAAAUAUAAAGAAUUUCUUUCACAAUAUCUUGAUUUAGACUUUGAUAAAUUCUUUUAAUAGUUUAAAGUUUAGCUAAAUAAUCUAUAAAAUUUCUAUUAAAAUGAAAAACAUAUGCUAAUUGUAUUAAAUGAAACAAUAGAAGAAUAUUUAUUAAAGCAUGAUUGCUUAUAAAAUUUACUUGAAACUCAAGAUGAAAAUAUAGGUUAUUUCUCAAAAUGUAUGAUUUAAUCAAUUGAUCAUUUUGUUAAUCUAAUGAUGGAAAAAUUGUUUAAAUUAGUUUCCCCUUAUAGAUCUAAUUUUAAUUUAUCUCUGUAAAGUGCUAAAAUUAAUAAGAUGUCUUAAUAUCAUCAGAAAUUAGUGGAUAAAUAUAAAUUAAAAGAAUUGGAGAAAUAUUUAAAAAUAGCUUAAAAUUCAAUUAGACCUUUAUAUUUACCUUAUCCAUAAUUUAUUUCUUAGACUGCUGAAAUAAUCUCAAAUAUUCCAAAUUAAUUAUUACAAUAUUUACCUAAAGAACAAAAAAAAAUAUAUUAAUUAUCUGCGUAUGGAUAUGCCGAAGUUACAUAUAAAUAGAAUUAUACACUGGUCUUAAAUACAAAAUAAUUAGUUUCUCUUUAUCAUUUAAUAAACAAUAAUCUUAAAUAGAUUGAUUAAAUUAAUUUUAAUUUGUUUAAGAAAUUAGGUUUGAUAAAUGCAGAAGGAAGUAUAAAUAAUGACUGGUAACCAACUCAUAAAUGUUUGAUAUUAUUUAAUUGA